AUGGUGACUUUUAAUGGUAGCAAGAGAAAGCAUGGGUUGUAUCACCAUUCUACCGUCGAUUUUUUCAAGACGUAUUGGGGUCCCGUUAAGCGUUCUCCCUUUGUGGAACAGUUCUCUCUGCUCAAGUGGUUAAAAGGAACUAUUACUCCUGAGGAAAUGCUACCUCCAAAGGAUCAGUAUAAAAAGAAUUGCUGGGGAAAUGAAAAACCUCUAAACACUAUACUACAUUAUCAACAGAAUGAGCCUCUUUUUUUGACACCGGCCUUGGAAGCAAAUGAUACAAAAAUAAGGGACUAUAUAUACAACAUAUUGGAACCCAGCUAUAGGCGACCUUUUAGUGGAAUAGGCAUGGAAGCCACGAAAAUGGACCACAAGCUAUUUACCCCUCUCACCGAUAUGGUCCAUGAAGAAAAUAUGAAAACCCUGCCACAGAUUAACUUUCAACACAACUAUAUAUCCAGGAUAAGAAGACUGGAACGAUUAAUCUCGGCCGCACCUACAUGGACCAGAAGCAGUGAUUCUAGCGAGACAUCAAAUAAUCCAUUUCCGUACGUUAGGGAAACAGAAUCUCUUGUUAGGCCCCUGAAUCUUCACGAGAUUUUAUAUCUGCGUUCAAAUCACCGUUUAAAUCGCAAAUCUCAUCCCAAGUGGUAUGUGACGAGAUACCUAAAGUACGUCCAAAAGCGUAAACGAAUCAAACAAAUUAGACAACUAAUCUUAGAAGCUAGGAUGAGACGGGCUUAA